GUCGAAUCAACAUGCAGCAAGCUCUUACUCUCUUCUUUGGCUUCACAGCUCUCACCUCUUGUCUUGGUGCUGCUGCUGCCUUGACUCCAGUGGCCAGAGCUACUACUACUGUUCCUGCGAGCUUGAGCCAGGCUCUCAGCAUCAAUGUCGCCCAGGUCCCUGCCUGCGCUAGUCUCCCUGCCGAGUGCAGCGGUGAUCCUCAGUGCAUCUGCAGUCACCCUGAGUUCAUGAACGAUAUGGCCUGCUGUGUCGCUUCUUCGUGUUCUUCUGCAGAUCUGAUCCUCACCCAACAAUUCUCAGGACAGCUUUGUGGAUUCGUCGGCGAGGCUCUGCCAGCUACACCCACUUGCACCAAUACCGUCAAGCCUAUCGCCAACCCCAACUGGGGCUACGUAGGAUGUUACAGCGAGGCCACCAACUAUAACCGUGCCUUGAACUCAACAUACUACAUCGAUUCGAACAAUAUGAGCCCUCCGGCAUGUCAGUCUUUCUGUAAGGCUCGCGGCCUCAAGUAUGCUGGACUUGAAUAUGGGCAGGAGUGCUGGGCAUGUACGGGUGACUCCUCCAAGAUGUGUGGUGGAUCUGCCACUCUCAACAUCUACAAGUCUCCCAGCGCU